AUGUGCUUUGCCAAGAAGCACAACAAGAAGGGCCUGAAGAAGAUGCAAGCGAACAACGCCAAGGCCAUGGGCACCUGCACUGAGGCCAUCAAGGCCCUGGUCAAGCCCAAGGAGCCCAGGCCCAAUAUCCCAAAGAGUUGCAGUUGCAAACUCAGUCGACUUGCCUACAUCACUCACUCCAAGCUUGGGAAACUAGCUCGUGCCUACAUUGCCAAGGGGCUCAGACUGUUGGCCAAAGGCCAAGGCCAAGGCGGAAACCAAGCCCCAGGCUGCAGGUGCAGCUGGAGCUCGGGCUCCCAAAGCGGCUCAGGCCCCCACGGAGGCUCCUCUCCACGGAGGCUCCACAGUAGAGGCCUCUGUCUGCCCACGUGA